CUCGAGAUACCAAACUUCCAUUGGACCACACAAAAUGGCCUUACCACUUCCUUCAGGGCUCACUCCCUCAGAAGUCGCAUUUCUAUGCGAAAUGGAACUCGUUACUGUCGUUCCUCGCCAACGCCUUGAGAGCAUUGAUCUUCUAUCGGGAACGACGCCGACUCUCCGGCCGCCGCACAGAAGCAACUUACCUUUAUGGCUUGCGAUACUGUUGAAGAAGCAACGGCGCGCGAAUAUUGUUCCUCCUCCUUGGCUCCAUCCCGAUUCGUUACGCGAUAUUGUUCACCACGAGACAAAGAUCGAUCCUAAAGGAUGGGCGCCACCUCCUCCUCCACCGGUGCGGGCAGAUAGUCAAGGAAACGCCAGGAGACUAGAUCCCUUUGUCGACGACGAGACAGUACUGUCGCCGCCGUUUCUUCCAUCCUGUACAUCAGAUGCGCCUUCAGGUGCCCUGCCAUAUCACUGGUUCGAAGUCGCAGAAAUGCUCCUCGCCCAUGCCUCAGACGAUGUUGCCUCCUCUUCAGAAGUUCGUUCGCUACUUCGAGAUCUACAAGAAGUCAGGGCUGCAAAGAUGCGGUCCAGUACCGCCCAACUCGAGGGUGGAGUCGAUGGUGUCAUGAGUCUACGAGGAGUUGGAGCUAUGGAGCUUGCAGAGAGCAGAGGAUUCGUCGUCGGUGUAGUGGAAGGUGUAAGGAAACUCGGCGCAAGUACAGAAGCAACACGGAGAGACGAGGAGGAACAAGGUGGUGGUGAUGAGUCGGAUGAGGCGAGCGACGAGGAUAUGGGACUAUGACCCUCCAUCUAGGCUAUGAGCGAAGAAUUACGAAUUCACGAAAAGGGGUGAAGUAUACAUGGCGCAACUAAAGGAGAACGACUUCUCAUUAUUUUAAACUCCAUGAAAUGCCAAACAUCGCUAUCAACUCAUACCUGCACUGUCGCAUGAGCAAGGGCCAGCCUAUACUUAGCAAGUCGUGCAGGAUGAAUUCGAACCCUCCCGCCAGCGGGAGGCUGAAGAUGAGGUGCCAGCACCUCCCAACUUGCGCCCUGCAACAAGGCUCCCAUAAAGUCCUCGCGCAUAUCCAGUCCCGUCUCUCGCAGAUAUUUCUCAGGGUCUGCAGCUGCUUCUUGCAGAAGAUCCUCAGCCUUGAAGAACCGAGCCCAGUCCUUGUGCCAUUCACUAUGACACUGGUGGCAUCCUCUCCCCGGGUUGUGAAAACAGGGAUGAACUUCGUAGCAUUCAUAUCCUACAGAAUGAAACUGCUCGUACCAGUCAUAAUGGCGACGAGCUCUCAGUCCGGAGCCGUGCAUACCUGGGAUUUCACUGGAACUGUUAGUUCGCGUCCUGAGAAUGAAUGGAUGUCUGGACUCACGGAUCGAAAGAUGGCCAGACCAGCGGGCUGAUUUCACCUGAGGAUGGGUCGUCCACAGGAGUGGCCAUCUUCGCGUAUGCGACUGGCUCGUUGCUCACAGGACUAGGCUCAUCGGAAACAGGGGCAUCAGAGGUCAGGGUCACAGGUUGUUGAGGCUCGGAGGCCUGAGUUUCUACAGCGGAAGAGCGUGUGGUCAUGAUUGUGGUUGUCGAAGUUUCAACAACCAUGCGCGGUGACGAAGAGCGUCCCCUUUUUAUUCCUGCUGCGGAAGCAUCCUCAUCGUCGUCACAAGAUCGCUUGCGCUUUCCCACGACACCUCCUGAGUAGGCGGGAGGAGUGUCCAAUCGUCCGAUAGACUGAACAGAGGCUGGGAAUGAGCUUCUCAGUGGUCCGAUAAACUGAGCGCAGUCUGGGCUGUCGUCCUCCCCGCGACCGAUUUGAGCAUCAUAUCCGCUAUAGUCGAUGAACGGAACCUUUAUAUCUGCAGGACGCCUUGGUCGUCCAGAACGGCCAUCGAGCCUGGGCGAGGAAAAUCCAGCGAACCACGUAGAACGGUUCCUGGCCCCGGAUAUGUUACUCACCAUUGCCCAGGCGCCUGUAUUAUCGCGUACAAUGGUGGAACAGUCAGCGGCCGGACCGUUGAGAGGCGCAGUUUGGGGGGCGGCUUGCCCUGAAUUGUGCUCAUCGUCAGCCUCGUACCCGCUUGGAUACUCCUGGUCGGAAGAAGAACCAGCAGCAAUCAGAACACCCGGGGACCCAGGAGGAUCAAAGGGGCCAGAAGAGCCAGAAGGCCUAGAGCAUGGCCCUCCUGACGCAUCAUCAUCAUCGCUCCCAUCGUCUCCCUCCGAAUCUGAUGAACUUUCAGAGCCGGUAAAUUCUGUGUCAUCGGAGGUUUCCUCAGAGGCUUCAUAACCACUGCUAGCUCCGCUCCCACUUGACUCAUCCUCAGAUCCAUCACUUGGGGGAUCACCAGAACAACCGUCGCCAUCGCUCUCAUACUCGUCGCUACUCGGCUGUUCAUGGCCCAUAGCGAUAAGUACGUCUAUCUUUAUCGUAUCAGGACUUGGGCGGUUUGGAGGUGGAGAAGUUCGAGUAGGUGAAUUCGGCGAAGAGAUUUCUGAAUCUGAGUUUGAGCCUGGGCCAGUGCUCGAGGAUGGAAUGACAUUGGAUGGCCCAGCUGCUAAAGGUAUUGGGGAUCCAGACGCUUGAGCUUCCGCUGAAGGCGAAGAAGAUGGCGAUGAAGGCCCUGAACGCGAGCUUGAGCUGGAGUGUGGAUCCUGAUCAGAAGGACCGGCUACCGGGGGAGAAGGGGAUGAAGACGGUGGGGAUGAAAGCUCCGAGCUGGAGCUAGGGCUUGCGCUGAGAUGGCGGUCCUGACUAGAAGGGCCCGCUGCAGAUGGCGAAGAUGUUUGUUCAGAGCUCGAGCUUGCAGACUGAUUUUGGUCUGGAGGAUUAGCUUCUGAAGAAGCUGCACGGCGAUGGGCUUUGAUCUUGAUUAUCCUCCUUCCUGGAGCUGCAUACUCACUCUGGUCCGAAGGGGAUGAACGCCCUGAGCCUGAACUAGAACUUGAACUUGGGGAUAUGCUUGGGCUUGGGGAGGGAGUGAGUUUGGCCAUUCCAGCUGCAGGAGGCGCAGCAGAAGAAGAUGAGCUCGAUGAUGCUGCUGCUGUGUUCGAACCUGAGGACUGACCCUGGUUUGAAGGACCAGCAGCCGAAGCGCGUGCAGCGUGAUUUAAUUUGAGCGUGAUUCUUUUUUUUUCUCUGCUAGCCAUAUUAGCAGUGCCGCCGAGCCUCUGAACAACAUCCUUGAAUGGCAAGGGCUCAGGGUCUGCAACGAGGGCACGUCUUUGGCAAUCUCUAUCAGAUUCAAGGCUCGCCAUCAGAGGAGGAGCAUUGUUAAGCCGGGAGCGUGCUCGUGUUAGUCGCAUAGCCGUUGGUUCAGGAGCGGGCCUGGGAUUUCGGGGUCUAGGAGCAGCCUUGGCUCUGCCCUUCCUCUUGGGGUCGUGGUUCGCGUUGGAUUUCUUGUUCGGCAUUAUGAUUAUAGUUGUGAAUAGUUUCGAUAAUGGAUGGGAUGUUCAACAAAGCUCUGCCUUGCUAGAAAUGUAAUCUGUUGUGAUACUAAAUGGUUGGACAUGUUUGGAACUGAGAAGACACAGCGUCUGUUAUAUGUUUUCCUCAUCAUGGUGACUAUGAAUGCAAUGGUAUGUUGUUGUGAACGAUGAUCUAUUGCUUUAUGAAGGUCUUGUCCUAAUAGACAAAGACUAUUUAUUGUAUGAACACUACAGACAUCAAAGACAAAGCAGAUGCUUUGUUUAAAGAUACUAUGGUUGUUUGAAGAUAUUUCAUGUUCUCUGAUGAACAAAUAUUUGCCCAACAAAGACGUUGGGUCUCUUUAUCUCCGAAACUAACAAAGAGACUCCAAGC